AUGGACCCCUUCUGGCCCUGGCAGAUCCGCCCAGACCACAGACAGCCCGGUUCCCCUGGGCCCCCUCCCCAGCUGGAGGCUCAGCAGAAUGCCUCCUCCUGCCAGGCUCCCAUGGAGGGUGGCUGCCUGAGGAAGGGAAAAAGGAAGGGGGAGGCGGGGACUGAAGCGUCAACAGUCUUCCCCUCCCUCCAUUCCACCCACAAAACCCCCUGGUUCGGUUUCCAUCCUUUCUGUGUUUCCAUUGCAGCCGAGGAGAAGGCCUCCAAGGCGGCCAGCUUCCCCCAGCUGCCCUUGGACUGCCACGGGGGCCCCAGAGACGGGCCCUCCACCUUGCGAGGCUCCCCGGGCCCUUGCCUGGCCAGUCUGCGCGUCCCCCUGUCCCCGGGACUCCCUGACUCCAUGGAGUUGGCCAAGAAUAAGAGCAAGAAGCGCCGCAACCGCACAACCUUCAGCACGUUCCAGCUGGAGGAGCUGGAGAAGGUCUUCCAGAAAACCCACUACCCCGACGUGUACGCCCGGGAGCAGCUGGCUCUGCGCACCGACCUCACCGAGGCCCGGGUUCAGGUCUGGUUCCAGAACCGCAGAGCCAAGUGGCGGAAGCGGGAGCGUUAUGGGAAGAUCCAGGAGGGGCGGAACCCCUUCUCGUCUGCCUAUGACAUCUCUGUGCUGCCCCGAACGGACAGUCACCCCCAGCUGCAGAACUCCCUGUGGCCCAGCCCCGCAUCUGGGAGCCCCACCGGGCCCUGCCUCGUGUCUCCAGAGGGCAUCCCCUCCCCGUGCAUGUCUCCGUACUCCCACUCGCACGGGAACGUGGCUGGCUUCAUGGGGGUGCCGGCCUCCCCCGGAGCGCACCCUGGUCUCUACUCCCUCCAUAGCUUCUCCCCGGCCCUGGGGGACCACAGCUUUGAGGCCGCCCCGGAUGUCGACUACAAGUCUCCAAGCCUCGUCUCGCUCAGGGUGAAGCCGAAGGAGCCGCCCAGCCUGUUGAACUGGACCACGUGAUCAGAUGUGUGGACACGCAGACCAAGCUGCCACCCCUUCCCUGUGCCCGGCUGCUCCCACCCCACCCUGGCCUCGAUGCCAGAGAGACACACCUCUGCCUCUGAGCUCCAGACGGUCCCCAGGGCGGGCAGAGCAGCUGGAGUCCUCAGCCUCUCCCGGAGUCUUUUCUCUUAGAACAAGGCGGGCUGCCCCGGAGAGAGGGCAUCAAAGCCGGUGGACUGACUCUUCCUACCAUGCAGUGGG